AUUGAACUUUUAACUUUGUUUAUCUUGCUUGCGCAAAUAAGGGAAAAUAUUAUUGUUGCGCGUUAUAGAGUCAAGACAACUCAGUCAUGCGGCGUUGGUUAAUUUAGUCCUCACGCUACAUCCUAACGCAAACGGGUCUUGUAUCCCCGACGAUAGAGCACUGUUCGAGUAAUAACAGUCGUGCAUAGUGUUUAAGCGACAUUUCUCUUCUUGGUUGCUGUAAUGACAAUGUAAAACCGAUAUAAAUAUGUACAUCACAGGAGGCUGGUCGAGAGGUGAUACACGGAAUUUGCUUAAUUCUGGAAUAGCAACAGACAAAAUUAUUAUAACAAGGCUCUAUGCUCCAGCUUACAAUGAAUAUAAUAGCCAAAUCUGGCGAGCAAAUCCUGAGAUGCAGAGACAUUGGGCUGCAUCCUAUCUCCUACCGAUCGGAUCUAUUUUUAUUCUUGGGAUGGUUGUUUUAUUAAUGGUAUUGUUCAAACGAUAUCCAUAUACUGUGGCCGCGAUCGUUGCUGCGAUUCUCGGUAUCAUUAUUGUAGUAACAAUAAUGAUAUCACUCAAUCAUGGACCAAUUUAUACUUAACACACGUAAAGUAAGGUAAUCAAUCGUUGAUUGUAAUGCCCGGAAAAAAAAAAAAAAAAAAAAUCCCAUGUUAAGCCGUAUUAUGCCCGGGAAUUUUGUAACCGUUAUAUACACCGGAUAAAUAAAUAUAUCGUUUUUACUUA